UUAACACAGAGAAAUUUAUUAUCACGCUAAUUGAAACGUUUGCUGAGUGAUAAAGAAUUCAUGGGAAACAUAUCGUCUUGAUUCCCAAAAUGACUCUGAUUGUGUGGACGUUAGUUCUCUGUGUUGUGAUGUACGGACCUGUGACUGAGGCCUGUCCUCGUGGAUGUUACUGUAGGAGGAGUACCUCCUGUAAUGGGACAUAUGUAGACUGUUGGAACAGAGGGUUAACUGAAGUACCCACCAAUGUCCCCACAGAUACAUGUGAAUUGAAUCUUCGAUGGAAUGAAAUAACCACGCUUGGAGACAACGCCUUCGACGGUCUGACAAAUAUAGAGACACUGGAUCUUAGGGGGAAUCAGAUAACCACAGUGGGAGACAAGGCCUUCGGCGGUUUGUCAAAAUUAGAGACACUAUGGCUGAGCUCCAACAAGAUAACUACAAUUCAAAACAACACCUUUAAUGGUUUGCAAAAUUUAAAAAUACUGUGGUUACAUUCCAACAAUAUAAGCGUAAUUCAGAGCAAUGCCUUUCAUGGUUUGCCAAAUUUACAGACACUAAACCUUUGGGGGAAUGAAAUCACUGAACUCGGGAAUAAUAUCUUCCACGGUUUGACGAAGUUACAGACAUUGUAAGUAAUUAAAUAAAACAAAAAUCAACAAGAAAAUCUGCUAUUGCAAGCAGUAGCGUAUGUUACUCCUAACUGAACCUUCAGCUGUACGAUUGGAAGAAAUUGAUAUUCGUAGACCCCUCCUCCCCUCCCCCCAUAUCUCACACAAAGUCUACAAGGUCGAGUCUAGAAGAAAAUUGUUUUUGACUGAUGUUAUUGGUGUAUAAUAAAAUUAUUAAUUUUUCUCUAAUAUCCAAAGAUAACAAGGUCUUCAAAAGAGGAUUGAAAACCUUAAUUAGCAGAAUGCAAUGUUUACGUCAAAACAUCUUCAAAUAGGGCAUUUGUACAUAGGACAGGGUCGUUUUUAUGAGAUGAUAGACUAUAUGUAAAAUUUCUUUGUUUAGCAAAAGCAAGAACUUACAUUUCCGGCGUACUGAACAGUAGUGAAGAGGCCUUUACGCACUUACGGGAGG